GAGGACAACGCCGUUUUGGCUUUUGUUGAGAGCAGGGUAUUUAAAGGCUGGGGAUCGUUCAUCGUCUUCCGCCAACCAAACGCCCGCAUCUCUCGAAUUUCAUUCCACACGGUCGGGCUCCUCCGUGCUCCUGACCAGGAAGAUCCUCGAGAACUCAUUCCCUACCCUCACGUGCCGGCACGUCUUUCAUUCCGCUCGUCACGCUGGCGGCUCAAAGUAAACCUCCUCAAGACCCGUCGGUCGCAUUGAAGCGACGGCGACCUGCGCGACAAAAUCGUGGGGGAAGAAAGGACCCUCAUAGACAGGAUAUAAAGGACGCUGGUAGAAUACGGAAAAGAUCUCUAGUGUAUAGAAUGUUAUUCCCUUCGAGGGAAGAUUAUGUCUCUGACGAGGCAUUAAGAAACCUGAGACUAUACAAAUACUCGUCUAUAGACAAGUCGCCCGUUUCGCGGUAUAUCCUUCGCCCUUAUUGGGAGUUUUGCACCACCUUAUUCCCAUUGUGGCUCGCACCCAACCUGAUCACUCUUCUAGGAUUUUUCUUUGUUCUGGCCAACGUUGCAAUUGUCCUCAUCUACACUCCCGACUUGGCAACACCUGGCCCUUCAUGGAUCUACUUCAGCUUUGCUCUCGGAAUAUGGUUGUACUCGACGUUCGAUAACGUUGACGGAAAGCAGGCUCGGCGCACUGGGAGCAGCUCUCCCCUCGGCGAACUCUUUGAUCACGGCGUAGAUUCACUAAACUGCGCAUUUGGGACGAUUGUUCAGGCGGCCGGAUUGGGAAUGGGCUUGACUUGGUACACAGUGCUCUUGCACUCUCUGGCGACCAUAACGUUCUUCUUCGCCACAUGGGAGAACUAUCACACAGGAUCUCUUUAUCUUGGGUAUAUCAAUGGGCCUACCGAAGGAUUGAUCAUUGCGGUGGGAUUGCUCAUCGCUUCGGGAAUUUAUGGGCCUGGAAUAUGGUGGCAGAAGGUUUCUGCUGCAUCACCAUUCCUUGCGAACUUUGUUCCGGGAGACUGGCCUCUAAUCAAUGUCAUGCUGGGAGGCAUGUUAGCAAUGAUGGCAUUCACUCAGGUGCCUGUUAGUAUCUACCGUGUUUACGAAGCUUGCCGUGGCAAAGGACGGAGUGUGGCUGAAGCAUAUGGCCAGAUCACACCAUUUGCACUGUAUAUGGCAGCCAUCUACUUUUGGGUCGGCUCGCCAUUUUCUUUUAUUUUGGAUAAACAUCUGAUCGUUUUCAUAAUGACAAUGGGUCUGGUGUUUGGACGAAUUGCGACUGCAAUCAUCCUUGCACACGUUACUCACAGUGAUUAUCCGACGUACUGGGGACUAUUGACCCCCGUUUUCUUUGGCGCCAUUGUUACAAAUGUUCCUCUCAUCGUUAGAAGUGGACCAAUAUUAUCCCCGGCUGGGGAAUCGCUGUACAUCUACGCCCUUUUCGCGUAUGCUACCAUUUCAUAUGCUCACUGGGCUCUCGCUGUGAUUGAUCGUUUCUGUACUUAUUUGGGCAUAUCCUGUCUGCGGAUCCCAUACCGUCCCAUUGGCGCUAGGCCGUAAGGCAACGAAAUGCAAGAGUCUCCUAUCGUAUUUUUUAUUGCGGACAUUUACAUUUAUCAUCGAAUUCGUUGGGAUAUGGCACAUCCAUAUAUUGGCAUACAUUGUUUUAAAUAUAUCCUCCAUUCGAAUUGA